AACCGAAUAUUAAUAUUACAGCACUCACUUUAAUAUGCUCCCGUGGUAGCCACGUGACUUCGCACCCACACGCACAACACAACAAACAAAUCCAACUUUGCCUUCGCCCUUUCACUCAAUCAAUCUAACACUCCAAUUUUCAUUUCACUUCUAUAAACUUUUUUUAUAUCAAAAUUCACUACUAUAAAGUUGCGUUGUGGUACCAAUUCAAUUGAAUUUGAUUAUUAUUAUUAAUACAGAUAAAAUUAUUCGGUUGCAGAAAGCAUCUAUAGCACUCACUCACUGUGUUCGUUCAUUUUCACUCUCAGACUCAGAACCAACGCAGCCAAAACCAAAACCAAAACCAAAACCCUCUUUCUCUCUACCUCAUGACGACGUCGUUUUCAUCAGCGGCGCUCAGAGACCCCAAACUUCAGAUCCCUACCUACCACACCCUCAGCUCUUUAUCCGCCGCCACUUCUCUCAAUCGCAAUGCUCUCUCCAUCCCUUCCUCCACUCGCUCCUCCACUCUCAUCAUACGUGCUGUUUCCACGCCUGCAAAGUCUGAAACUGCAACUGAACAAAAGAGGAGUAAAGUUGAGAUAUUCAAAGAACAAAGUAAUUUCAUAAGAUAUCCUUUAAAUGAGGAUAUGUUAAAUGAUGCACCUAAUUUAAGCGAAGCCGCGACACAAUUGAUUAAGUUUCAUGGCAGUUAUCAACAGUAUAAUAGAGAUGAACGUGGUUCAAGGACUUAUUCGUUUAUGAUACGAACUAAGAAUCCUUGUGGUAAAGUUUCAAAUCAACUUUACUUGACUAUGGAUGAUCUUGCUGAUCAAUUUGGAAUUGGGACACUUCGUUUGACUACUAGACAGACGUUUCAGCUUCAUGGUGUUGUUAAGAAGGAUCUUAAACAUGUAAUGGCUACUAUUAUUAGAAAUAUGGGAUCGAGUCUCGGUGCUUGUGGGGAUUUGAAUAGAAAUGUGCUUGCUCCUGCUGCUCCCAUUUUCAGGAAAGAUUAUCUAUUUGCUCAACAAACUGCGGAGAAUAUUGCUGCACUUUUGGCUCCUCAGUCUGGUUUUUACUAUGAUGUUUGGGUAGAUGGGGAGAGAAUUAUGUCAGCGGAAUCGCCUGAGGUAGUUCAGGCACGAAAUGACAAUUCUCACGGUACAAACUUCACUGAUUCCCCUGAGCCCAUUUAUGGAACUCAGUUCUUGCCGAGGAAAUUCAAAAUUGCAGUUACAGUGCCGACUGAUAACUCUGUCGAUAUUCUCACAAAUGAUAUCGGUGUUGUUGUUGUUACUGAUGAUAAUGGAGAGCCUCAAGGAUUCAACUUAUAUGUUGGUGGGGGGAUGGGAAGAACGCAUAGGAUGGAAUCCACUUUCCCCCGAUUGGCUGAACCAUUGGGUUACGUGCCAAAAGAGGAUAUUUUGUAUGCAGUGAAAGCAAUUGUUGUUACACAACGAGAAAAUGGGAGAAGAGAUGACCGCAAGUAUAGUAGAAUGAAAUAUCUGAUCGACUCUUGGGGAAUAGAGAAGUUCAGAAAUGUAGUUGAGGAAUAUUAUGGCAAGAAGUUUGAACCUUUCCGCAGCUUGCCGGAAUGGGAAUUCAAAAGUUAUCUUGGAUGGCAUCAGCAGGGUGAUGGCGGUUUGUACUGUGGGCUUCAUGUGGACAAUGGUCGUAUUGGUGGAAAAAUGAAAACAGCACUGAGGGAGGUUAUUGAGAAGUAUCAUUUGAAUGUUAGGUUAACUCCAAAUCAGAACAUUAUAUUGACUGAUAUUCGUGCUGCAUGGAAACGCCCCAUCACAACCAUUCUUUCUCAGGCUGGUCUGCUGCAACCAAAAUAUGUAGAUCCCCUUAACGUAACGGCAAUGGCAUGCCCAGCUUUCCCAUUAUGUCCCCUGGCAAUUACUGAAGCUGAGCGUGGGAUACCAAGUAUUCUUAAGCGUAUUCGAGCCAUGUUUGAGAAGGUUGGUCUGAAGUAUAGCGAAUCCAUAGUUGUAAGGAUAACUGGCUGCCCUAAUGGUUGUGCUAGACCUUAUAUGGCUGAACUUGGUCUGGUUGGUGACGGCCCAAAUAGCUAUCAGGUUUGGCUUGGAGGCAGCAGUAACCAAACAUCAUUAGCUCGAACUUUCAUGGACAAGGUGAAGCUUCAUGACCUUGAAAAGGUUUUGGAGCCAUUGUUUUAUCAUUGGAAGCAAAAGCGUCAAUCUAAAGAAUCAUUUGGCAACUUCACAUCCCGACUGGGAUUUGAGAAGCUUAAAGAAUUUAUUGAGAAAUGGGAAGGUCCAGUAGUACCACAAACAACACGCCACAACCUUAAGCUUUUUACCGAUAAAGAGACAUACGAAGCAAUGGAUGGGUUAGCUAAGCUUCAAACAAGAAUGCUCAUCAGUUGGCCAUCGAAGUUAUCUGCAAUUAUGUUGCUUCCAACCAAAAUGGAAAAGGUGAAUCAUAUAAUUGACUUGGCCAAUGAAGAUGUAUUUGAUGUUGCAUUUUGGUUGACCGGGAAUGGCGACUGAGCAAAACUCUCUCGGUGCUGUUACUGUAUGGUAACUGUAUGGUAACCCUGAGGAUAGACUAAAUUAAUGUUUGGUUUUACUUGAUUUUGUAUAAAACAAGCUUUCAGCUAGAGUCUUUUGGUGCUUUAUUUUCAUUAUGAGCUUUUCUGAAGACAAAAAUAAGUCUCUAUCUUUUGGGUUUACCACAACUUCAUGUAUUUCUUCAAUUAGUCCUGUUUGGCAAAAAUCUGUUGCUCAGUUUUGUUUUUGCUCUAUAAAGUUAAUCAAUCAGGAUUUACUAAUUGUAAUAAUAAUUAGUGAUUAGCUACAUAUUAUGGUGUAUCUGGGAACCAUACGAUGUGUUGGGCCGGAUUACAAGUAUCUAAUUUAUCA